GUCUACAGAAUCCAAAGAUCUCUCUCCACAGUGAUUGAGCAACAACAGAAGAAGGCAAGCCAAAUGGGCAAGGCAAGUUAGUGGGAAAGAGAGCAAAAAAAAGUCAUUUUUUUAAGCUCUAGAGAGAGAGAGAGAGAGAGAGAGAGAUGAAAAGUGGGGAAGAGCCAGCAGAAAAAGGAGGAAAUUUAGGGGAAAAGUUGAGGAGGGUGGGGAAAAGAGGGGGACACACCACUCCAGUAGCAUCAUUUUGGAGACUUGAACAAUUGCAACAACAAGGAGAAGCUACAGCUCCCUUUUUCACUAAACAAUUGCAAGAUUUCAGAGGAAACCCUUGUCAAAUUCCUUUUCUUUCUGCAAGGAAACUUGCUGCCACUCUUUGGGAGCUUGAUCAAAUGCACCACGCCUCUCUCCCGCGUCUCCGCCGCCUCAAUCAUGAGGAGAAGACUGGCCUUGAUCCUCAACCAGACCUGCAGCCAGAAAGUUCUAGCAGUUUGAGGAGGCACGUUGCGGCUACAUUAAUGCAACACCAUCGGUCAGCUGAGAGGAACAGCCGUGCCUUGCAACCUGUAUCACCUGCAAGUUAUGGCAGCUCCAUGGAGAUUGCGCCCUAUAACCCAGCGGUCACGCCUACCAGCUCCAUCGAAUUCAAAGGUAGAGCUGGGGAGACGAGCUACGGCUUAAGAACAUCAACGGAGCUACUAAAAGUUUUAAACCGUAUCUGGAGCCUGGAAGAGCAACAUGUUUCCAACAUGUCUCUCGUGAAAGCACUAAAAAAGGAGUUGGAUAACGCGCGCUCUCAGAUCAAAGCGUUGGUGAGGGAGCAACAAGCUGAUAGACGCGAAAUGGACGAACUGAUGGAGCAGAUUGCAGAAGAAAAAGUAGCUAGGAAGUCGAAGGAGCAAGAUCGAAUGAGUGCAACCAUUCAGUCCUUGAGGGAAGAAUUGGAGGACGAGAGGAAGUUGAGGAAGCGGUCAGAGAGCCUACACAGGAAGCUAGCCAGGGAGCUGUAUGAUGUGAAGACGACUCUCGCUAAACUGUCUAAAGAGAUGGAGAACGAAAGAAGGUCACACGAUCUCAUGGAAGAUCUCUGCGAUGAGUUCGCUCUAGGAAUAAGAGGAUACGAGAAAGAACUGCGUGCUCUCAGGAAAGUAUCCGAUAAAGAUUGGACUGAAAGAGCUGAUCAUGACCAGUUGAUUCUUCACUUAUCUGAAACAUGGCUCGACGAGAGGAUGCAGAUGAAGCUGGAAGGUGUUGGACGGAAAAAGUAUGCCGUGGACAAGCUGAGCUCCGAGAUUGAAGCAUUCAUGCAGGCUAAAUCACUUCAUAAUGCUAAUGGCAGCCAAGUGGUGAAGGAUCCUACUCUCCGAAGAAGUUCUCUUGAGUCGAUCCCACUGAAUAUGGCCGUUAGCGCUCCUCAAGACGAGGAUGACUCGGGAGGUAGUGACUCUAAUUGUUUUGAGCUUGAGAGGAUGAAAAUGUCCACCCUAAAGAGCCACGAAAACGAGUACCCCAGAAACGAAGAAGGUGAAACCACGAAGACAAAGCAAGCCAAGAAGAAAAACGCGUCUUCAGAGAGGGUGAGUCCAUCUGCUUUGCAGGUGAAAUAUGAAGAACCGCACGGUGAAAGCUCAAACCAGAUCGAGGACGAUGCAGAGCGUGCUCUGGACGAACCGGGAGAAACGAGCAGCAUUACUCAGAAGCCUGAAAACGGUGAAGUAGCAAAAGAGAGUGGUGGGAUGAAUUCAAACCAGAUGAUUGAGAAUUUGAUCAGAAAUCACUAUAUGAUGUCAGAAAACGGGACGAAGCAGCCGGGUCACUCUGUCUGGAGGAGCCAACCGAGCCCGGUUCGCCAUUGGAGCGAGAAGCUACCGUCUCCUGAUCAGAAUGCUUCAGCUGAGUCAUCUGUCAAACUGCAUCCAGACUUGAAAGAGAACACUUUGAAGGCAAAGCUGUUUGAAGCUCGGACACGGGGCCAGCGCUCGCGCUCACGCUUAAAAGCUUCGAUUUUUCCCUCGAGGAAGGAAUGAUUCUUGUUAAUUUCACGUGUGAAUUGUUGUUUCUUGUUUUCUUGUAAGAAGAUGAUGGUUUGUGAAUACUUAGGGUGGCUGUUAAUUUGUUACAAUGUUUGCAUAUCUUUUCUGGUAAAUUAAUUGAAAGUUUUGGAUGA